AUGAGCGCAAAAAAGAUUGGAGUUAUUGGCAGUGGCCUCAUUGGCCGCAGUUUUGCCAUGCUGUUUGCCAGUGCUGGCUAUAAGGUGGUCAUAUUCGACAUAGAACCAGCGCAGACCCGGGCAGCCAAGGAAGACAUACGAGAGCAGCUAGCCAGUCUAGAGAAGAACGGUCUCCUCAAAGGUUCGCUAAGUAGGCAGCAGCAGUUUGACAACAUAUCCACUACUGAGAAUUUGGAGGAGUGCGUCAAGAAUGCAUUCUUCAUUCAGGAGUGUGUGCCCGAGCGACUGGACAUCAAGCGUAAGGUGUGGGCCCAGGUGGACAAACUGGUCGGCGAUGACGUCAUCUUGUCCUCAUCAACCAGUGCCCUGCUACCGUCAGCCAUUUCUGAAGGACUCACCCACAAGAACCGCUUCAUUAUCUCCCACCCUACCAACCCUCCAUUCUACUGUCCUGCAAUUGAAGUGGUGCCGGCUGGAUGGACAGACCCGGAUGUUAUAGAGAAGACGUUCACUGUGCUCAAGGAAUCAGGCCUUGUCCCCGUGUUGAUCAAGAAGGAAGUUCCAGGAUUUGUACUCAACCGCAUCCAGUACGCCAUCAUUGGUGAAUGCUACAGGCUGAUCAAGGACGGAGUUGUCAGCCCCGAGGACUGCGACACCAUCAUGUCGCAGGGACUGGGCCUGAGGUACGCCUUCAUGGGGCCAUGGGAGACCGGCUAUCUCAACGCUGAAGGUAUGCUCAGUUACGGAGAGAGAUAUGCAGACAUGAUCCUUGACAUUCAGAAGUCCUUUGGGCCUCCAGAGCGGAUUGAGGGUCCCACCUUACAGGCUAUUCAUGCUUCCAUGGAGCGGCUAGCGGGUCCAGUACAGGACAUCCAGAAACGUCGGCAGUGGCGGGACAAGCGACUGAUCGCACUUGCUAAACUCAAACGGGAUCUGGACGCGGAAGAUCAGGCAGGCAAAUAG